UUCGGCUGAAGGACAAUGUGACCGGCGAAUUUUUGACUAUAUAAAGCCGUUGUGGUGAUUCCAAAUCAGCAACAGUCACUCGUCGACUCCAAAGCACCACACACCCACCCACAAAAAUCCAACAAGAUGUUCCGCUUCAUCGCCAUCUGUGCCCUGGCCACCAUUGCCGCUGCUGCUCCGGGAUUCAUUGAGGAGCACCAUGUGGCCGUGGCUCCGGUCAUCACCAAAGUGGCUACUCCAGUCGCCACCUCCCACCAGAGCUUCACCCAGUUCCAUAACCAGGCUGUGAUCACUCCUGUGGUGAAGCAUGUGGUGCCGGCUGUUCCCGUCAUCAAGACUGUGGCUCCAGUGGUUCCAGUUGUGAAGCAUGUGGCUCCUGUGGUUCCCGUCAUCAAGACCGUGGCUCCAGUGGUUCCCGUCAUCAAGACCAUUGCUCCAGUUGCUCCCGUAGUCCACCAUGUUGCCCCCGUGGUUCCUGUUAUUAAGACCAUUGCUCCAGUGGCUCCAGUCGUCCACCAUGUGGCUCCUGUGGUUCCUGUCGUCAAGCAUGUGGCUCCCGUCCACCAUGUGGCUGCCGUGCCCAUCGUGAAGGCUCUGCCCCACGCCGUGUCCCACCAGAGCCACACCCAGAUCCACCAGAAGGCCUUCAUCGCCCCAGUGGUUGCCUCCGUCCCGGUGGUGAAGACUAUCGCCGCUGCCCCACUUGCCCAUGUCUACCAUCAUUAGGAAAUUGUUGAAACUGACACGUAAUUGUUAUGAUUGCUUUAAUGAAUAAAUCGAAUUGUUGAUAUUAGAAA